AUGAUCUUGCUCCUCUUCUUGUUCGGUCUGACUCUGGGUGCUCCUUCUGAGGCUCCAGUUCAACUACUGCGUGGAAGCUGUCCCAUGUUCUGGUACAGCUUCAAUGGCCGCUGCUACAAAUAUGUGGCCACUCACAUGAGCUGGGCUGAUGCAGAGCUCUACUGUGUGUCACAGCGAGCCAACCUGGUGUCUAUCUACAGCAACGAGGAAGAGGAGUUUGUUAAAUCUUUGAUUAAGAACUUUGACCAUGCUGAGGGACGCACCUGGAUUGGACUGAGUGACCUCCAUAAAGAAGGCAGAUGGAUGUGGUCUGAUGGUUGUGCAGUGAGUUUCGUCUACUGGCAUGCAGGACAACCAGACAACGCAGGAACAAAUGAACACUGUGUUCACACUAACUAUUCAAACUUAAAGAAGUGGAAUGAUCACCAAUGUUCUCUCAAUUUAGCUUCUGUUUGUGCAACACGCAUAAGCUGCCCUUAG